AUGACAUCAAUAUCACUUGCUCAAGCUCAGAGACUUAUGUCUUUAUAUGGUCUCUCUACUUUUCUUGUUCUUGGUACAGUUGGAAAUUUUCUUUUGUUUUGUGUACUUAUUCAAAAUACACAUCGACGAAAUUCGUGUUCACUCUAUUUACUUUCCAUUACAAUUGUUAAUUUUAUUCUUAUUCAAUGUAGUAUACCAUUUGCUGUAUAUGCAGCUAUUGAUGUUGAAGAUCAAAAAAUCCCACUUAUUUGGUGUAAAAUGCGUAGUUAUUUAUUUAAUGCUCUACUUAUGCUCUAUCGUUGGUAUAAAAUGGCUGCAUGUGUAGAUCGUGCAGCUAUGUGUAGUCGUCAUGUAUGGAUACGUUCAUUUAGUCAAGCUCAUAUUGCUCGUCGAGCUAUUUUAAUAAUAACAUUUGUUUGGCUUUUGAUACCUAUUCAUUUGUUUCUCUAUUUUCGACUUGAAUCUGAUGGAUGUGUUCCACAAUCAGGUGCAUAUGCAAAGUUUUUCAGUGCAUAUUCUAUAGCAAUAUCUGGAUGGCCACCACCAAUAGUUAUGAUAAUAUGUGGUAUAAUAUCAUAUCGAAAUUUAAAGAAAAUAAGGGGACGAGCUGUUUCAAGAAAUGUGAAUAAUAAUCAAGUUAAUGGUUAUGUUAUAACUCCAAAUCAUCAACGUAUUGGUCGACGUGAUGAACAAUUAACAAUAUUGAUUAUGUAUGAAGUUAUUCUCUAUGUUAUUACUAAUCUUCUCUAUUCAAUAAAUAUAACUUAUUUAACAAUUACAUCCAAUUAUCCAAAAAGUGCUUAUCAAAUACAUAUUGAAUCAUUUAUUACUUUUUUUUCAUCACCAUUUCUUGUUAUUAUCAAUAGUUGUGCUCCAUUUUAUCUUUAUUUUAUUGUUUCUAGUAAAUUUAGACGAGAUUUAACAAAACUAUCAAGCCUUAGCUAUUGUCAUCAUCGUCAAAUGCGAUCUAAGCACAAUAAUGAACGCAUAAGAUUUACCUACACAACUACACGGGAUCUAAUAUUUUCAAGCAGAAUUCAUCAUUAG